AUGGCCUCAACAACCGCCUCAUCCCCCGGGCGGGCUCCACGCCCCCCUCUCAACACCGUCCUCCCCCCCCUCCUUCUCGGCACAGCAACCUUCAACACCCAAUACGUCGCCAACCCACACGCUAUGCCCUACCGAGAUAUCGUCGCGCGCGCCAUAGCCCUCGGCGUGACCGGUUUUGAUACGAGCCCGUACUACGGGCCCUCCGAACUCCUCCUGGGCGAAGCCCUCCACGCCCUGAUGAACCCUACCCCGACCCCCAGCAACCCCAACCCUACUCCUUUGCAGCGCUCUGACUUCUUCCUCGUCACCAAAGCGGGGCGCAUCGCGGCGACCGAGUUCGAUUACUCCCCCAGCUGGAUCCGCUACUCUGUGCUGCGCAGCCUGCAGCGGUUGCACGUGCCGUACCUAGACCUAGUCUACACGCACGACUGUGAGUUUGUCACACCAGGGGAGGUCCUGGCCGCCGUGAAGGAACUGCGCAGGCUGCGGGAUGAGGAGGGUGUUGUGCGCUACGUGGGGAUUAGUGGGUUCCCUGUCAAUGUGCUGUGCGAUUUGGCGGAGAUGAUUUACAAGGAGACGGGCGAGCCAUUGGACGCGGUGUUAAGUUAUGGGCAUCUUACAGUGCAAAAUCGGCGGUUGGGACUGCCGUUUGUGGAAGGGGGUGGGAAAGGGCAGGCGGAUGUGGAAGGGUCGCCGUUGGUGAGGUUGAAGAAGGCUGGUGUGGAUGUCGUGCUGAACGCAAGCAUGUUGGGCAUGGGCUUGCUCACCAGCAAGGGGAUUCCCGUGACGGAUGACACGGGAUCGCCGUUGGCUAAGUGGCAUCCUUCGCCGCCUGAGCUGCGUCUGGCGUGCAUGAAGCUUGCAGAACUUGCUGCUGCGGCUGGCGAGCGGCUCGAGUCGGUGUCGCUUCGCUGGUCGCUUGCCGAAUGGGCUCGGGUUGCUGCCGAGGCGGGUGUUGGUGUUGAUUUCACAAGCCCUGGUAGCUCCGAGGGCAGGAAAAUUGGUGUUGCUGUGUGCGGCGUGUCAUCGACUCCUGAGCUGGAGGAGACCGUGGCCGAGUGGCGGGGUGCUGUGUCUUCCCUUGGGCAGGAGGAGGAUGGUAGCAAUGACAAGUACGGGCCAGCCCGCCAGAAGAAGGUCCUGUCGCUGGUCAGGGAGCAACUCUGGCCGGCGCUGGGUUCAUGGCUGGAUUAUGCCUGGGACAGCCCAGGAGAAGGCUUUGUCAAUACCCGCAAGGACUCCAAUCGUGGAGUUGUUCCCGAUGAUGGUGUAAUUGCCGCUUAUGAGAAGGCAAAGCGGAGUAGACAGUCACGGUAA